CACCGUCACAGGCUGCACGCGCGGCAGGCCUCGCAGCUCUUACCACAGCCAGCACACGACCAGAAAGCCUAGCAAGGCCUGGUCCUUGAGCACUUGACGUGGGUGGUCUGGUGUGUUGGCCAAACUCCACGUGCACGAAAAGACAACACAGAGGUACUGGCAUCAUCAGCUCUGGCCUGCUGUGUGUGACGUACUGACGUUGUGUGCAGCACUGCUUGCAAAGCACCUGACACCCACCUCAUCCGAUUGAUGUUUUCACACCAAGAACGCCAGAACAGAAUACGCGGGAGCGCGAUGGCAGGGUCGACCAGGAUUGUGGGGGCGCUGGCAUGCCUGGUGUCCAUCUCGGCAGCAGCAUCGACAACAGGACAGCAAGCGUUCCUUGCACCCGCAUCGUCUUGGUUUACCGCUGGACGACCUGACCGGCAUUCGGCCAUGAUGGCCAGGAAGGGUACUUCUAUGAUGUCGGCCGUGGCGUCGGAGACAGCCGUGGCAGACGCGGCGGGCGGCGUGGAGACUCGCAUGUGGAAGUGGAAAGGGUACGACAUUCGGUACAAGGUCGCAGCCGAGGGAAGCGACGGCCCCCCGAUGGUGCUGAUCCACGGGUUCGGCGGCAACGCGGAUCACUGGCGAAAGAACAUCCCUACUCUGGCCAAGACCGGUCCCGUUUACGCGAUCGAUCUUCUCGGAUACGGGUUUUCGUCCAAGCCUGACCCCGGUCCAUGGGAGGAGCGGAAUUCCAUCUACUGCUUCGAAACUUGGUCUGAGCAGUUGCGGGACUUCGCGACUGAGGUUGUCGGCAAGCCCGUGUUCAUGGUGUGCAACAGCGUCGGCGGCGUAGCCGGCUUGCAGGCGGGGGUAGACGCUCCAGAACAGGUUUUGGGCGUCGUUCUGUUCAACAUUUCGUUGAGGAUGCUGCACACCUCUAAGCAAGCGGUGGCUGGGAGACCGUUCGUGAAGGGCCUGCAAUACGUGCUGCGAGAAACGCCGAUCGGACCCCUGUUCUUUGGCUCCGUGGCAAAGCCGGAGGCCGUCUCGAACAUCCUGAAGCAGUGCUACGGAGAUCCUGAUCAGGUCACGGAGGAGCUGGUCAAGUGCAUCCUGACGCCAGGGCUUGAGGAGGGAGCAGUCAAGGUGUUCCUGGAUUUCAUUUCUUACUCGGGCGGGCCGCUGCCGGAGGACCUGCUCGCAGCAAUCAAGGUUCCCGUACAGAUCGCCUGGGGAGUCGAAGACCCCUGGGAGCCGAUGGAGCAGGGCAAGGCCUACGCGGAGUUCGACUCCGUAGAGGGCUUCGUCGAGCUUCCCGGAGCCGGACACUGUCCCAUGGACGAGGCGCCACAUUUAACAGACCCGGUCGUACUCGACUUCGUGGCAAAGCACUACAAGAAAGAGCAGUAA